CAGUCUCCUACUUCUCUUUUUUACCUUGCCUGGUUUUGGCAACUUCCUUGAAGUGGCUCAUUGGUGUCUGUCACUCCACGGCUUAUGCUUCUCCCAAGUUCCUGUUCUUCUCGGCCAUGACCUGUAGAGCUCUUCUUGUGACAGCCUUGGCCUUAUGUCAUGGCUUCAACCUGGACACUGAGAAUCCAAUCACCUUCCAAGAGAAUGCACGGGGCUUCGGGCAGACCGUGGUCCAGCUGGAGGGAUCCCGGAUGGUGGUUGGAGCCCCCCAGGAGAUCAGGACUGCCAACCAGACAGGUGGCCUCUACCAGUGCGACUACAGCACAAGCCGCUGUGAGCCUGUCCCCCUGCAGGUGCCCGCAGAGGCUGUGAACAUGUCCCUGGGCCUGUCCCUGUCAGCUGCCACCAAACCCACCCAGCUGCUGGCCUGUGGCCCUACCGUGCAUCAGAUCUGCAAGGAGAACAUCUAUGUCAACGGCCUGUGCUUCCUGUUUGGCUCCAACCUGCGGCAGCAGCCUCAGCGUGUCCCACAGUCCCUCAGAGGGUGUCCUCAUCAGGAAAGUGACAUUGCCUUCUUGAUUGAUGGCUCCGGGAGCAUCAACAUAAAUGACUUUCAGACGAUGAAGGAGUUUGUCUCAACUGUGAUGGAGCAAUUUCAAAAGUCUAAAACCUUGUUCUCUUUGAUGCAGUACUCGAAUCAGUUCCGGACUCAUUUCACUUUCAAUGGAUUUAAGGAGAAUCCUGACCCAAGAUUUCUGGUAAACCAAAUAAGACAGCUUACUGGGCAGACGUACACUGCCACAGGCAUCCGCAAAGUAAUAAGAGAACUGUUUCAGAGUGACAGCGGAGCCCGGGAGAAUGCUAUCAAGAUCCUAGUUGUCAUCACAGAUGGAGAGAAGUAUGGUGACCCUUUGAGUUAUGAGGAUGUCAUCCCUGAGGCAAACAGACGAGGAGUCAUUCGCUAUGUUAUUGGGGUGGGAGAUGCCUUCACCAGCAACACAAACCGCCAAGAACUGAAUACCAUUGCAUCCGCACCAGCUCGUGACCAUGUGUUCCAGGUGAAUAACUUUGAAGCUCUGAAGACCAUCCAGAAUCAGCUUCAGGAAAAGAUCUUUGCAAUUGAGGGUACUCAGACAGGAAGUACCAGCUCCUUUGAGCAUGAAAUGUCUCAGGAAGGUUUCAGUGCAGCUCUUACGUCUAAAGGCCCCUUGCUGGGCUCUGUGGGCAGCUUUGACUGGGCUGGGGGAGCCUUUCUGUAUAUGUCAAAUGGAAAAGCCACCUUCAUCAACAAAACCAGAGUGAAUUCAGAUAUGAACGAUGCUUACUUGGGUUAUGCUGCUGCAGUCAUCAUGAAGAACUGGGGGCAAAACCUGGUUCUGGGGGCACCUCGGUAUCAGCACACUGGCCUGGUGGUGAUGUUCAAAGAGAAUUUUGGUGCCUGGGAGAGCAGUGCCAAUAUCCAGGGCAGCCAGAUUGGCUCCUACUUUGGGGCCUCCCUCUGCUCUGUGGAUAUGAACAGAGAUGGCAGCACUGACCUGGUCCUCAUUGGGGCCCCCCAUUACUACCAGUCAAAUAGAGGGGGCCAGGUGUCCGUGUGUCCCCUGCCCAAAGGGAGGGCUCGGUGGCAAUGUGACGCUCUUCUCCAAGGUGAGCAGGGCCAUCCCUGGGGCCGCUUUGGGGCAGCCCUGACAAUGCUGGGGGACGUGAAUGGGGACAAGCUGACAGACGUGGCCAUCGGGGCCCCUGGAGAGGAGGACAACCGAGGUGCCGUCUAUCUUUUCCAUGGAAUGUCCAUAGUCAGCAUCAGCUCCUCACAUAGCCAGAGGAUCACAGGCUCCCAGCUCUCCCCCAGGCUCCAGUACUUUGGGCAGUCCCUGAGCGGGGGCCAAGACCUCACAAUGGAUGGAUUGAUGGACCUGUCUGUGGGGGCCCAGGGGUAUGCACUUCUGCUCAGAUCCCAGCCAUUGCUGAGGGUAGAAGCAACCAUGACUUUCAAACCCAAGGAAGUGGAAAGGGAUGUGUUUGAAUGUCGGGAGAAGGAAGUGAAAAACAGGAUAGCUGGAAAGGUCACAGUUUGCCUCCGUGUCAGCAAGAGCACACGGGAUCAGAUAAGAGAAGGAGAUGUGCGGGCUGACAUCUCUUAUGUCCUGUCUCUGGACUCUGGCCGCUCAAGUAUCCGUGCCGUCUUUGAUAAGACCAAGAAUAAUACAUACAGAGAGAAGCAGAACUUGGGACUGACACAGAAAUGUGAGACUCUGACCCUGCUGUUACUGAAAUGUGUGGAUGACUCAGUGACCCCCAUUGCCCUGCGCCUCAACUACACUCUGGUGGGGACACCUAUGUUUUCCUUUGGGAACCUUCGGCCAGUUCUGGCUGAAGAUGCCCAGAAAUUUUUCACAGCCUCGUUUCCCUUUGAGAAGAAUUGUGGCAAUGACAGCAUUUGCCAGGAUGACCUCAGCAUCAGCUUCAAUGUUAGCAACCUGCAUACCCUGGUAGUGGGCGACUCCCAGGAAUUCAACGUUCUGCUGACUGUGAGGAACCAGGGUGAGGACUCCUAUGGGACUAAGGCCGCCCUCUACUUCCCAGCAGGCUUGUCCUAUCGGAAAGCGUCAGCAAUCCAGAGUCAGCACUCAUGGCGAAGUUGGUCCGUGUACUGUUUGUCUGAUUCCUCCACUGAGCGACUUGGAACUUUGAGGAGCAUCAGCUGCAGCAUAAACCACCCCAUCUUUCCAGACAACUCUGAGGUCACUUCUAUUAUCACAUUUGAUGUGGACUUUAAGGCUUCCCUCGGAAACAAACUACUCCUCAAGGCUAAUGUGACCAGUGAGAACAAUAUGCCCAGGACUAAGAAAACUGAAUUCCAGCUGGAGCUGCCUGUGAAAUAUGCUGUCUACUUAAUAGUCACAAGUGGUGAGGCCUCUACCACAUAUCUGAACUUCACAACUUCAGAGAAAACCAUUCAGACCAUGAAGCACCAAUAUAAGUUCACCAACCUGGGCAAGAGGAGCCUCCCCAUCAGCGUGGUCUUCUGGGUUCCUGUGCGUCUGAACAAUGAGAUUGUAUGGGACCGCCCUCAGGUCACCUUCUCCCCUAAUCUCUCGAGUGCCUGCAACACUGAGGAAAGAUCACCUCCUCACUCUGAUUUCCUGGCUGAGCUUGAGAAGACCCACGUGUUGAACUGCUCCAUUGCUGUCUGCCAGAGAAUUGCAUGUGACAUCCCAUACUUCAACAUCCAGGAAGAAUUCAAUGUCACUCUCCAUGGCAAUCUCUCAUUCAACUGGUAUAUCCAGACAUCAAGUAACCACAUCUUGGUUGUGAGCACUGCGGAGAUCUUGUUUAACGACUCUGUGUUUGCCUUGCUCCCAGGACAGGGAAUGUUUGUGAGGUCCCAGACGGAGACCAAGGUGGAGUUAUAUGAAGUUCACAACCCUCUUCCACUCAUUGUGGGGAGUUCCAUCGGGGGACUGGUGCUCCUGGCCCUCAUCACCGUGGGGUUGUACAAGCUUGGCUUCUUCAAACGGCAGUACAAAGAUAUGAUGACUGAAGCUGGUCCCCAGGAGCCACCACCCCAGUAACAGCCCCUUCUCCACGGAGAGGCCUCUGAGAGCCAACAGAGCUUCAUCAGAGCAAUGAGCAGGCCCCAGGCUGUUGGACAGACGUGUCUUCUAGGAGGCUGUGGCAGGAAAGGCCUGCAGAAGUUUCCAUUUGUGUGUGUUUGUGUGUGUGUGUGUUCGUGUGUGUACUUCUGUGUGUGACUGCUAUCUGUUGCAUGUGGGAAGAGUGCCUUAGCACAGUCUCUUGGACGCCUGUAAAUAGGGGGAAGAUGCUUCUGGGUCUUCCUCCGGAAGUAGCGAUGGAACAUAAAGGGAGAGGAAAGCAGCUCUCUCGUAGGUGGAGGAAGUGAGACAGCCUGUGGGCGAGUGUGCAGGCAUGAGGGAACCUGCGUCACCAGGAUCCUGGAGGAGUUGAGCUUGUGCAAAACCAGCCCAUACCAGAUGCCAUGGGCCAAUAAAAAUUCCAAGGAGAAAUAAUAAAUCUCCCUUUUCCUGUUCAUCUUUUACUUUUAUUUUUGUAUGGAUAAGCCUGUCCAUAGUGUGAAAAGCAAAAGCCAGUCAGGUUGCAUAAUGGAAACUCUUCCCAGCUCUCACAGCCCCUGUCGCAGGGCAGCCAAGCUGUGUAUUCUUGUAUCUCUUUCAGAAAGAUUCUAGAUACAUGCAAACACACACACAUGCACACACACACACACACACACACACACACACAGACUUUAUACAAAUAAUAGCAUAUUUAUACUGUUCUAAUCUUGCUUUUUUCAUUAGUACAGCACAGAAUAUUUCACAUCAGGACACAAAUUACUUUUCUCUUUUACAUAUGUGUAUAGCAUUUUAUUGCAUGAGUGUGUCAUUACAUAUUUAGCCAGUCUUCUUUGGAUGUAUUAUUUUCAAUCUCUCACUAUUACAAACGAUGCCAAAAAAUAAAUUUGAUAUAUGUUGUUUUUUGCA